AUACACACACACACACAUACACGCCAUUUUCCCCUUUCGCAUCAAAGCAAUAUUCCUUUCCUGUAGUUUUAUUCAUUCCACAGAUAAUACUUUUCAGCCUUGGUUGAGAGGGUAUAGGACUGACAGUGACGAUGAUGCAGUAAGUCUGUAGAUGCAUGCGCAGAAACCAACAGAGACGCAGGGUGUAGUAGCACGAAUGCGACAGCAGGAGGCGCUUUUCCCCCGCUCUCUCUCUCUCUCUCUCUCUCUCUCUCUCUCUCUCCCCGGCAGCGUGCUGACAUCAGACGGCCGCCGUACGGCGUGCAAGACUCGCGUGCGUCCGUCUCCAUGCCACGACUCGCUCUUUCGUUCCAUCUUGUGGAGCGGCGAAAGGGAGACGCGCUAGUGUUCACGAGAUCUCGCGAGAGCGGCCGCGUGGCUGGCUGGCUGGCUGUGAGGUUGCAGCAGACGGAGGGAGAAGGCAGGCAGGCAUCAUGGCGGACAGAGACAGUGGAAGUGAGCAGGGAGGAGCGGCUACGGGCCCGGCUCUGAGCUCCAUGCACGCGGUGGCAGGAGGGGCGGGCUCGGCUUCCGGCCUGCAGCACGACACGCAGGAGCUCGCGUCCAAGCGCGUCGACAUCCAGAACAAGCGCUUCUACCUGGACGUGAAGCAGAACGCGAAAGGCCGCUUCCUAAAGAUCGCCGAAGUGGGGGCCGGUGGCAACAAGAGCCGCCUGACGCUCUCCAUGUCGGUGGCCGUCGAGUUCCGAGACUACCUCGGGGACUUCAUCGAGCACUACGCGCAGCUGGGGCCCAGCAACCCGGACGCGGUGCAGGACGAGCCGAGACGAGCGCUCAAGAGCGAGUUCCUGGUGCGCGAGAAUCGGAAGUAUUACAUGGAUCUGAAGGAGAACCAGCGCGGCCGCUUCCUGCGGAUCCGACAGACGGUAAACCGGGGGCCUGGCUUGGGCUCGGCGCAGGGCCAGACCAUCGCGCUGCCGGCGCAGGGGCUCAUCGAGUUCCGCGACGCGCUCGCCAAACUUAUCGACGACUACGGCGUGGAGGAUGAGCCUGCCGAGCUGCCCGAAGGCACGUCGCUCACUGUGGACAACAAGCGCUUCUUCUUCGACGUGGGCUCCAACAAGUACGGCGUGUUCAUGCGCGUGAGCGAGGUGAAGCCCACGUACCGCAACUCGAUCACGGUGCCCUACAAAGUGUGGGCCAAGUUCGGCAGCACGUUCUGUAAAUACGCCGAGGAGAUGAAAAAGAUUCAAGACAAGCAGCGGGAGAGGAGGGUGUGCGAGCAGCAGCAACAGCCGGGAGAGAUGCACCCGGACGACGGGGAUGAGGAUUGAUAAUGAGCGGAGUGUUGGGAGGGAGGAUAACAUGCAAAAAAAUACGAUCAAAACAAAGCGAAACGACGCGUAAAACGAACUUUACUGUACAAAUGAAAGAAACGUAAAGAUUUAACUGUAACGGUUUAACUCCAAGGGGCAGUAAGUAUCCACAAACAUACAACAAACCUCCACAAGAUGACAGGUGCAACUCGUACCCCAUCACUGGAUGUGAUCCACUUACCCACCAUUAAUACAGUAAGCGGCUGCUAAACAGAGUAAUAACAUUAUAUAUGAACUGUGUUUCCUACUUGACUACAGAUAAAGAACUGAGUGUUUAUUUCCCUUAUUAACCGAGAACUUUUAUACACGUCAAAGAUGUUAUAAAAACAAAAAAAAGUGUUUGCAAUGUUCAAAUGGAAUUAUUGCUGAAACAUGAGAAAACCAGUCCUUUACGUGUAAGCUAAUAACUUCAGCACAAAUCAGAUGGUUUUAUUUUAUGUUCUCUCCUUUUUUAAAACUAAAUUUUAAGAUCCUAUUAAGAGGCUGUCAUGGUAACCAUGCCACUCAUGUGUUAAAAGCAUCACCUGAAGGCUAAUCAGGACCGCGGAGGUUAAAAGGUGAAAAUGUCAGUGAGCGUAGAAGGCCAUGGGUACGGCUUAACUCUGACAACGGUCGCAAGUGCUCGCUGUACUACACAAUGCAGUCGGGUUAUUAGAAGCGACUGGACGGUGGUCCUUGACAUGAAGACCUACACGCAAGAGGCGGCCUAUAGAGUAUAAUCCCAGUGUCUUUUUAAUCCAUUGAAAUAACUGUCAUGCAGAUGAGUAUACUAUGUACUUGUGUCUUGUUGUCAUGCGAAGUGUAUAGCCUACACUAGUUCUAAAAGGUACUUUAAACAAGGAGAAGCAGUGACAACAGAAAGAGUACUUAAAAAGUUUUUUAACGAAAAAUACUUCCCGAAACUACUAGGCCCCUGGAGGAAGGUGCAAAGAAACAUGAAAAUGUUAACGUAAAAAAAAUAUAUAUAUAUACAUAGAGAGAGUAUGAUUUUGUGAGUCAGCUGUAUUUCAGUGCUUACAGAGAAGAUAAUACCCCACGUUUUUAGUGGGGGAAUUAAAUAACAAUCUCUAGAAGGAUUUAAAUAUUAUAUCAGUCUACCAAUGAGAGUAUGAGUGGCGCCAAGGAAUGCUGUUGUUGCAUGUUAACCUAUACACAGCUACAUUGAGGUGGAUUUCUCAAUGUGUGUCCUCGAGGACCUUCUAUUUAGUGAUUUCAUAGACAGUGUCCUGUCAGUGAUGUUUGGUCACUUAGUUGAUGAAUAAUUUCCGUUCUACCUGUAAAUACAGUAUCGAAUCCUUGACUGUUUGAUCAUACAUGAACGACAGGUCUGUUGCAAUGAAAUCUCAUUCUCUCUCUUUCAGGGGUCCUUUAGGACCUGUGUUGGGGAGAACCCUAGUCGGACAUACAAGGGUCUAAGGUGAAGCUUGAUAAUUUCGGCACGUUCCCAUUUUGGGAAAUGCAGCAAGACAAGCUUGGAAUGGAGUGCGUUUGCGGGUACGGUUUAUCUACAGACAUCUCAGAAUCCAUGCACUUACUGAAUAGAGGUGCAUCCUGCCUCGGAAAAGUUAUUAUAUAAUAUUAUGAAAUCAGCGACAGAGUGAUUAUUUGCUCACGAAAGAAACAAAGCAGUAUCGGCAUUUUACGUUUAUAUUUAUUCGUUCAGCAAUCUUUUACUCAAACGUUGAGUCGUACGGCCUGAACACACUUAAAGUGCCCAUUUAAAUGAUUUCAUUCUGUAUAUUUCCUUCUGAAACAGGAAGUCCGAGUGACGUCGUGUUGACUUAUACAACAGCCAGUAGCAUUCAUGAUACUCACCUUCCCUGCUGAAUGUAAACAGACCUGACAGGAGCGUAGGGAACUAGUUCAAAAUGGAGAAGCAAAGAGUUUAAGGAGAAUCGGGGAGGAUUUCUUAUCGACGGCUUCACCCACGCCAUUUAACUUUAAUAAUAUCCUAGACGACGAUGAGGUGACUUGUUUCUGGAGGUAUGCCACACGUGUUUCAGACGAGGUCGAGCGUCGGCGGUGUUGAUAGUGACGAUAGAGUCGUGGGGUCAUGGAGGCAUCAGGGGAUGAGUGGUAGGAUUGAGUGGUAGGAUAUAACUAAAUAACUAUCAAUAUUUGUACAUAAUUUUGUCUAGGUUGUUACACAGCGUAGAGCAAGACCCACCUCCUGGGGUGGGACAUACAGUUCUAGAGUGCGUUUAUUUACGCGACCAUCAACAAAGUCGAGAUGUACGUCAUCACGCAAAAAUUUAAAACAUUUUCCCAAAGCUAUUUUUGUGGGUUAUUUUCAGAUAUAGGAUCGUAUUCGGUCUCCAUAAUAUUAAGGAACAGGCACAACAAGCUCUGAAAUACAAAUUUUGAUUUCACGGGCACUUUAAUGUGGGUACGACGUCCGCAAGGGUUGAGCAAAAAGAAAAGCACCUUCACGAGCUUACAAACUCAGUUUCAUAUACGGUUCCGUCACGUAUGAAUGAUCAAGUCACGCGCUUUGUCACGUAGCGUGUUUGUCGAUGAAGUUCGCCCAGCUUCCACUGGCGUGAAGGGCAAACGAAGCCUCAGCACAAUAUCCAUUUGCUUCUCAACUACAUCGUAUUGUUUGUGGAAGCCAGCCGAACAUCGUCCUUGAAGGAGGACUUUAAGGGCAUAAAGUGUUUGAACUCACAACAGUGAAACAAUGCAAAACAAUAAAACCAUGACUGCGUAAAGUUCCUGUUAGCCACUCUGUCCGACUGUAACCGAAUAACUCAAAUUUUAUAAGAUGUAGGUCUGCAGAUUGGCCAUACCCACGAGCGGAAACUUCUAUUCCAGCAAGGUGCAAGACUCCAAACCAGAAGGACGCACAACCGUUGUAAAGCUUGACCGGUGGCCAUUGUGUGCCCGACUAGGAGAGCCGUCUUUAAUGUUACUUGUUGGGGAGCAUACUCUUCAGCAUUGGUGCCUUAUACUCCACAUGCUUACACGCUGGCUGGUGCUUUGGAUCAAAGUUUGGGUUCUUGUCUUUUCUUUAUCUUUCUUUUUUUUUUUUCCGAGGCUUUGUUGGGCAUGCUUUCCUCACACACCAUUGCCUAACUUUCGUUGGACUUGCUUGGUGUCCUAAAGAUAAUAUGGGUGUUUCGCACAUUCUAAUGCUCCUGACCCUCAGCCUUUCCCUCACUACUGACCGAGUCUCUCUCGUCCCACGCUGUCAUUGAAUCGCAUCUAAGCAUCAGCCCACAUGUAAACUCAGACAUGGGUUGGUAGCCUUGAAAACGCAGUACAGUCUUUUCACUGCUCUUCACACGUCAGACUUCGGGAAGGGGCAUAUGGGAGAAUGGUUUGUGGGCUAGGUUUGGCUCUGGGUGCCCAAUUUUGAGCUAUUGUGAGAUUGUCCGCUCACAGCUCUAGAUCCUGGCAGCAGUUUGUCAGCGGCUGAAUUCCUCAUUUACAGGGUAUGGCCAGCACGACUUGCGCCCCCCUCCCCCUGCCCCCCAUUCUUUGACUUUCCACAGCACUUGUCAUGGCUUUUUGUUUUCUUUCCAUUAUUUCAUUACUGUGUGCAAUAUAAAAUGUGCCAAUGGUGGCAUUAUUAUGUAUAUCAAUUAAAAGACAAGGGUUAAUAUUUGAAAGCAUGUGGCUGAAUUCCACAUUUAUUUUCCUGAGGUUUGAUAAGCCUUUAUCUGCACUUAUAAUAAAAAGGUCUGGGUCUAGAAGAGAAGAAACCAAGCUUAAUGAGCAAACUCCACCCAACCUGGUCAAACCAACAUAGAGUAGUUAACUAGCACUUUUAGAGAUCAUCCACAUGCUCCAUGUAAUGUUUCCAUUUCUCUGAACGUGGGAAGGGAGGCGGAGCGGGUAUGAUGAUUGAUUGGUUAUAAAAGUGGUACUUGUGUUUGGGCCUCGGGGCCGAGGCAUUACACAUGUAUUCAUGCUCCUCAAUUGGUUUUCUAUUCUAUGGGAAGGCUUGGAUGAAGGUGUCUGGUGGACUCUUCUGUCGUCAGUGGUUGAUGUCAGUAGCACAUUGCUUUCCCAGCUGGAAAAAAAAAAUAUGUCUGACCAAUCUUUGUUUGAAAAUUCUCUGAACAAGGAAUGUCUAGUGCAAUUUCUCUUUAUUUUUCUUUUAUCUUAUGUUCCUUCCCUUUGCAAGAAUGAUUACUGAAUAACACGUUUGGUGGUGAUGCGUCAAAUAUAAUUUAUGUACAUUUUACAAAUUUUAAAAAUAAAAGAAAUGUUAAUUUA